UUUGAACCCCACUAGAGAAUAGACGAAACAGUUGCGCAGACUGAUGCUAUUUCAUCUCCAAUACUGAAAGAAAAACCUUAGGUUGUUUCAAAACUACAUCCUCCUUCCACUCUUCGCCGAUUCCACCACCCAGAUUUCUUCGAUUAUGGAAACCCUAGCUUUGUCUUCUUAUCAUCCCCUCUUCUCGCCGCGCUCCUCCGCCACCUUCAAGCCUCUUCGCACCGUCAAAUGUUCAAUCUCGCCGCCAUCCCUGGUGGACCACUCUGUGAAGUUCAAGGAGGCUGCAAAGGAUGGGAAUUUGAUCCCGCUGUACAGGCCGAUAUUUUCUGAUCACUUGACUCCGGUGCUUGCAUAUAGGUGCUUGGUGAAGGAAGAUGAGAGAGAUGCCCCGAGUUUUCUUUUUGAGUCUGUUGAUCCCGGUCUGAAAGCCUCAAGUGUUGGCCGGUAUAGUGUUAUUGGAGCUCAGCCAACAAUGGAGAUUGUUGCAAAGGAGAACAUGGUGACUAUAGUCGAUCACCAUGAGGGACGAAGAACAGAGGAGUUUGUGGAAGAUCCUAUGGUUGUUCCUCGCAGGAUUAUGGAGAAAUGGAAACCCCAGCGCAUUGAUGAACUCCCCGAUGCAUUUUGCGGUGGUUGGGUUGGUUACUUUUCAUAUGAUACAGUGCGUUAUGUAGAAAAGAGGAAACUUCCAUUCUCGAAAGCUCCUCACGAUGACAGAAACCUUCCCGACAUUCAUCUUGGCCUCUAUGAUGAUGUCAUUGUGUUUGAUCAUGUGGAAAAGAAAGCGUAUGUGAUACACUGGGUCAGGUUGGAUCAGUUCUCUUCUGUUGAAGAGGCCUAUGAUGACGGGAUGAACAGAUUAGAAGCUCUAGUCUCAAGAGUGCAUGAUAUAGUGCCUCCGAAACUUGCUGCGGGUUCUAUAAACUUAUACACCAGCCUUUUCGGUCCAUCAUUGAGCAAUUCCUCCAUGACAAGUGAAGAAUACCAGAAGGCAGUAACACAAGCUAAGGAGCAUAUCUUAGCUGGAGAUAUCUUCCAGAUUGUGCUGAGUCAGCGUUUUGAGCGUCGAACAUUUGCGGAUCCAUUUGAAGUGUACAGAGCGUUGAGGAUUGUCAAUCCAAGUCCAUAUAUGACUUAUUUACAAGCAAGAGGCUGUAUCCUGGUUGGUUCAAGUCCUGAAAUUCUUACUCGAGUUAAGAAGGGUAAGAUCACUAAUCGACCUCUGGCUGGAACUGUCAGAAGAGGCAAGACGCCCAAAGAAGAUUAUAUGUUGGAAAACCAGCUUUUGCAUGAUGAAAAACAGUGUGCAGAACACAUUAUGCUUGUUGACUUGGGGAGAAACGAUGUUGGAAAGGUGUCGAAGCCUGGCUCUGUCAAGGUUGAGAAACUCAUGAAUAUCGAACGUUAUUCGCAUGUCAUGCACAUCAGUUCCACUGUUACGGGUGAGUUGUCAUCUAAUUUGACGAGCUGGGAUGCUCUGCGUGCAGCAUUACCUGUUGGAACAGUUAGUGGAGCCCCAAAGGUGAAAGCGAUGGAACUGAUAGAUCAACUAGAAGUGACGAGACGUGGGCCAUACAGUGGUGGAUUUGGUGGAAUAUCGUACACAGGAGAUAUGGACAUAGCCUUGUCUUUGAGAACAAUUGUAUUCCCAACAAACAUGCGUUACGACACAAUGUAUUCUUACAAAGGCGGUGAGAAGAGGAGAGAUUGGAUAGCACAUCUCCAAGCUGGUGCUGGUAUUGUUGCAGACAGUGUUCCUGCCGAUGAACAGAGAGAGUGCGAAAACAAGGCCGCUGGUCUUGCUCGUGCCAUUGAUCUUGCUGAGUCAUCAUUUGUCGAUAAGCACAAAUAGGGAGCAUGAGCAGCAAGGCAAUUAUUGCCUUGUCUUUUGACAAUUGAAAACUGGAAAUCUUGAAAUGUAUCAAAUUCGAUUGUGUAUAAAUUAGUUAUUUCUGUUAGAGGAUAAACCUCACAUAUAUAUUUGUAGGAAAUUGAUACUCGAUUAUACGAAGAUUUGUAGCGUAUGAAAAGCAAUUUAUAACUAAA